GCUUCCAUCAUCGGAUGGCACCCAACCACCUUCCAGAGACCGGAUAAAGCCCAUCCUCGUCAUGUGUUGUGUUGCGGCCCUUGUGGCUGGGUGGUGAUGAUCCUUGUUGUAUAAAUAGAGGGGCCUAGCUAGGCGAAAUGGCAUCCACUGCUGAUCUGCGUAGCGUGUGCAGCUCCUGCUCUGUCUUCCACUCUUCCGUUCAUCGUCUAGGCACUGUCCAGCCUGAGAAGAUGGAGUCCUACGCCAACGGGGCCAAAUUUGAUUGCCUGCUGUUUGACAUGGAUGACACCCUCUACCCACUGAGCUUAGGAAUCAACUUAGCCUGCCGCAAGAACAUCCAAGACUACAUGCUGAACAAGCUUCAGAUCGAGGAGAGCCAGGUCCCCAAGAUGUGCCUGGAUCUGUACAGAGAAUACGGAACCACAAUGGCCGGUCUGAAACUUAUGGGCUACGAUUUCGACUAUGAUGAGUUCCACGCCAGCGUGCACGGUAAGUUGCCAUACGAGAAGCUGAAGCCGGACCCUGUCCUGAGGAGCCUGCUGCUUUCGAUGCCACAGAGGAAAAUCAUAUUCACCAACUCUGACGAGGCUCACGCGGCGACCGUCCUGGAGAAGAUGGGGCUGGAGGGAUGCUUCGAGGGGAUCAUAUGCUUCGAGACCCUGAACCAGAAGAACCCAGGCGACACGAGCGCCGGCGAUGGCUCCGGCAAGAGGGUCCUGUGCAAGCCGUCCCUGGAGUCCAUGGAAGCCGUGGUGGAGAUCGCCAAGCUCGACCCCAAGAAGACAGUGUUCUUCGACGACAGCCCGCGCAACAUCGCCUCGGGGAAAGCGGCAGGCUUCCAUACCGUCAUCGUUGGGAGCUCGGCGCUCGUGGCCGGGGCGGACGUGGCGCUGGAGAGCAUCCACAACAUCAGGGAGGCGCUGCCGGAGCUCUGGGAGGCGGGCGGCGACCACGCCGUCGACAUCCGGUCCGCCGCCGUCGCGGAGACCACGGUGCUCGCGUGAGCCGCCGGCGCUGCCUGCCGGAUGAUUAAUAUGCUUCGUCCGCCUUGUCUAUAUUAACAGGGGAAAAGGGGGAAGCGAACGGCUGAAUCGAGGGAAAACCCGUAUAUGAUGUGGUGUACUCGACCAUGAUCCAUGGUGAUGACUGAUGAAUGCGUAGGCGUUGCAUGUACAGGUGUGCUACUUGUGAACUGAUAUGAUCGGAACACCGUAAUAAUAAGCACCGUAAAUCCGUAAAGAUUUGCUCAUUCAGAUGGAAGCACUGGAAAAAUUGCACGUGCCAUCUGAUAUUUCUCUUUUUGUGAAAAAGAUUCAGAUAUAUUAUACAAGUUCAUUUUGUUG